AUGGCGACGGCGUGGGGGCGGGGCCCGGGUCGCUAUGGCGACGGGCGACGCGGCGGCGGGAGGCCCGGCUGCGCCAUGAGGGGCGCCGAGGCGGGGGCGCCUGAGCUGGGCGGCGACGCGGAGCAGCCCCCGCAGCCGAGGCCCGGGGCGCUGCCGGGCGGCGGCGGCCCGCAGGAGUCCCGGAAACAGUGGAAGAAAUUUCUAUACUGUGAACCACAUCGGAGAAUUAAAGAAGUGCUGGAAGAAGAACUUUUCAUUAAGAGAGAUGAAUGCCACAUUAAAAGUCCACCUGCAGCUGCAGCAGCCUUGGACGGGGUCUGGAGCAUCCAGAGGAACCUGCCAGUGGGUGGCACAAAGCCCGGACAGAGCCGGGGCAGCUCCCUGCCGCAGGCCAAGUACUACUCGAGGCACGGCAGCCUUCGGGCUGCACCAGGACCCAGGAACUGCUCAGGGAAGCAGCUCCUGCCAGCCCGCAGGGCCCCUCUGAGGCCAGGGAAGGAGAUGCGCCUCAUUACUGAGGAGAAAGAGGCAGAUGCAGCAUCUACUGGAGAUGGACACAAGGAAAAGAUUCACCCAUUUUCCACUGAGACAAAACCUCUUUCCCUGAUGUCUGACAAACAGAGAAGAAACUCAGACUUGCUUCACAACUUAAGAGGCGUAAAAAAUGUAUAUUAGUCUCUUAGCCUCAUUCAUGGCAUGAAUUCCUAUUUGCAAAUUAACCCAAAAUAAUGAAAGAUUUUUGGUAAGUUUGCUAAAGGCCUGAAAGUUAUGAAGGAAAAUAUUGUACAUAGUAUCUUAGUUGGGAUUUAUUCAUGGUCUUGUGUCUAUGAGAUGGAAUGAAACAAGGCAUGCUUAUUGGGUUUACUCCAAGGCAAAUAUUAUAAAUGCGUCAGGACUAAUAGGAUUGCAUCCAUUAA